AUGAACACGCGUCAGAGCUACGCGCCCACUCCCCACAGCUACGUCCCCAACACGAGCCUCUCCGCCACCAUCAACCUCGAUGAACUGACCCGAUCCUCUGCUGCACAGGAGGUGAAACUCAGCAACACCCGCGCCGAGCGCGACCUCCAAGACUCCCUCGGCGAGCUGUUUAGCAUCAUAGUCACCCUGGAUGAGCUGGAAAAGGCGUUCCUCAAGGAUGCCGUACCCGAGGCCGAGUACACGGACAUUUGCGAGCGCUCGCUGAGGCAGUACAAGGCGCUGCUGGCGGACGAGACGAUUGCCGCCGAGUUUGGCGAUUUGGAAGACUUCAAGACCAAGUGGGAGAUGUUACGUACUUCAACUAACACUGGCAUCCAUCACCAAAAGCUCGACGUCCCCCGAGCGACAGAGCGUCUCCGAGUAGGCAUGCCCUCCACAACCGUCCAUGCAUCUUCCUCCGCCGCCGCCGCCGCACCCCCAACCGCAGCCGCCAACAACACCAGCGGCGUGCUGAUCCUCGAGGCGACCCAAGAGUUCAUCACCUUCCUCGACGCCGUCAAGCUCGGCCUGCUCUCCAAGGACCAGCUGCACCCGCUGCUCUCGGACGUGAUCCAGUCGGUCAACCGCGUCACGGACAAGGACUUUGACAACAGAGGCAAGAUUGUGCAGUGGCUCAUUACGCUGAACCAGAUGAAGGCCUCGGACGAGCUGGGCGAGCAGCAGGCGAGGGAGCUGGAGCUGGAUAUCCAGCAGGCGUACCAGGGGUUUAGACGAACUUUGACAUGA